AAAACGUGCAGUGUUGGGGGUGCUCCAGGACCAGGAUUGGGAACCGAACGCUGCACGAGCACCGGAACUAAAAUUCACCUGCAGUUCCAGUGGGGAACAUUUAGAGGACGCACAUCUGUCUCUCUCUUACACGUCAUUCAUUUCCUCGCUGCUUGAUUUCCAGGGUUUCUGUGCACAAUUCCUGCAGAAAUCAUGUCUAAUUCGGUGUUUUCAGUUAUAUCGCGUUUUGUGGAGGAGUACAGGAGCAGCACACCGAAUAAGCUGAAGAUGAUCGACGCGUAUCUGCUGUAUAUUUUGCUGACCGGAGUGUUCCAGUUCCUGUACUGUGUGCUGGUGGGAACGUUUCCCUUCAACAGCUUCUUAUCUGGAUUCAUUUCCUGUGUGGGAUCCUUCAUUCUGGCUGUCUGUCUUCGCAUCCAGAUCAACCCUCAGAAUAAAAGAGAUUUCCUGACCGUCUCUCCUGAGAGAGCCUUCGCUGAUUUCCUCUUCGCUCACACCGUUCUGCAUCUAGUGGUCGUCAAUUUUGUUGGCUGAAGGAGAGCAUCUGCUCUGUGCCUCUUACAGCAGGUGGAUGUGUAUAUGAAGACCAAACGCUGCAGCUCAACUACAGAACAGCUACAAACAAACAACUGUCUGUAGAUCUCUCAAUGUUAAUAUAUGUUUUGACAGAAUUGUCAUUUAUGAUAAGUUCUUGUCUUGUUCCUUCAUUUUUCUACUUUUGUAAAAUUCUCUGGAAGAUGUUGAAACAAAUUAAAUGCCUUUAAAAAAUUCAGUGAUCCUGUAGUGUUUUAUUCUAUGUAACAAAUCUAGGUAAUCACAUCUGAAGUAAAUCUUUGUGUUUGAGAUAUAUUUUAAAAAUAUAAUUUGUAAUAAAAGUAACAUUGAAAAAUAAUAACCAUUUUAUUUUAUGAGUGUAAAUGAAACCAGAAACAGAGUUGUGUAUAACUAUAGGCCACAGUCUCUUUAUAUUAAUUUAGCACUGAACACAAUUGCAGUAUGGUGCUGCACAAAUGGUUAAAAAAAACAAACUCUCUUAUCCCACAUCUCCCACAUCUGGACAUAGUUUAGGCAGACGGGAGUGGGAGUGAAUACAGAAAUAUUCCUUCUCAAAACAGCUGUCUUUAGGAAAGAGGGCCUUAUCACACUCAACCUCAGCGAUGACUCUUCUGCUUCUUCUAAUCAUUCUUGUUCUUGGUGAUCUA